AUGGCUUCGAUUUCGAAAUGCAUCGGGUCGGCCCUCACCGGCCUCGCUGCCUUGGCAUUGCUAUUCCAGCCGCUUGCCCUCGGACAGAACUGCAACUUGAAUUCUCAGACGCAGGCAGUAUUUGCACCAGGGUAUGGAGCAAAGCUUAUCAUGAACGGACUGAAAACCCCUCGACACAUGGUGUUCGAUACCUUGGGCAACUUACUGGUUGUUGAACAAUCGGGCGGUGGUGUCAGACAGAUCAAGUUGACAGAUAAUAAUGGCGUUCCUUGCGUAGCAUCGAGCAAGCAAAUCAUUGCUGAUUCAAGUCUCAAUCACGGCAUCGCACUCUCCCCCGAUGGGAAGACACUCUACGUGUCCAGCCUGCCCCAGCUCGCUCAGUGGGAUUACGACGCAGCAUCUGGCACCACUAGCAACAAGAAGGUCCUUGUCACCGGCAUGACCAACGGUGGGGGCCAUCGAACCCGAACUCUUCACAUACCAUCGAGAUUCCCAGACCUGAUCCUGAUGCAGCGCGGCUCAGAUGGAAAUGUCGACGUCGGCACUAAACAAAAAAGUAGCGGUCGAAGUAUGAUCAAGAUCUUCAACCGCGCAGAGAUCGCCCAAAAGGCGGUAGAUUACAGCAGCACCUCAUCCGGCACAAUCUUGGGAUGGGGAUUGAGGAACGCCGUUGCAGUGGGCGAGCACCCGAUAACAGGUGAAAUUUGGUCUGUCGACCAAGGCGAGGACGACAUUAAGCGCAACGGCAAAGAUGUCCACACGAACAAUCCCGGUGAGAAGAUGAAUUUCCACGGCAAAGUCAACGAUACCUCAGCCCCCGAAUUCGGUGCCAACUACGGUUACCCGGAAUGCGUUCCAGCUCUUGAUCCAAGCGUGCUCGAUAUACCAGGUAUUAAGGUCGGCGACCUGUUCUGGGUUGAGGGCAAUUCCCAAACUACUACUCAAGACCAAGCUUGCAAGCAGCGAAACCCUCCUCGCCUUGUAUUCCCCGCUCACAACUCACCGAUGGAUAUCAAAUUCAAAGCUGAUGGAAGCGCUGCCUACCUCACUUGGCACGGAAGUUGGGACCGUCAACCUAGCGAUGGAUACCGCGUCGAUCGCGUUGAAUUUGGCUCCGACGGCCAGCCGAAAGAGCCCCUGACCAACCCAAUGCCUGCCACGCAUAUCAUGCAGAACACCAAUGCCGCCAACUGCCAGUCUGGGUGCUUCCGUCCAUGCGGCCUUGCCUUUGAUAGCAAGGAGCGUCUUUUCAUGACCAGUGAUUCGACGGGCGAGCUUUACGUACUCACUGGUACAUAG